AUGUUCUCAAAGAAGCCUGAGACCGUUGAGUCCGAGUCUUCUCCGGAUGUCGCAUCUGGGGAAGUUGAGACCUCCCACAAGAUUUGCUACACACGAUACAACUCGCCUUUCUGGCAGAUUGUGAUCGUCAGCUUUGUUGCCUUUGGUUGUCCUGGCAUGUACAAUGCUUUGUCCGGCAUUGGAGGUGGUGGUCAAUUGGACACUACCACAUCGGCCAAAGGCCACAUAGCCUUGUCAUCCGUCAGUGCUGCGGGAAAUCUACUCAUCGCUCCAGUUGUGACCAAUAUCCUGGGUCCUAAGUGGACUAUUCUCGUGGGCGGUUUGCCCUAUAUCCUUUAUGCCGGUUCGCUUUUGGCCUAUACUCACACUGGCAACCAAGGCUUUGUUAUUGGCGCAAGCGCCUUGUUGGGUAUUGGAGCUUCUUUACUGUGGAUUGCCCAGGGUGCCAUCAUGACUGGAUAUCCGUUACCACAGCAGCAAGGAAGGAUGAUUGGUAUUUUUUGGAUCAUUUUCAACUUGGGAGGCUUUUUGGGUGACAUGAUCUCGUUUGGUCUUAAUUUCCACUCAAAAUCGGGCACUGUGUCGGACUCUACUUAUAUUGCCUUCAUGUGCAUCAUGGCCGCCGGAUGCGCCUGCUCCCUGGCACUUCUCAAGCCUUACAAUGUCAUCCGUGAGGAUAACUCCCGUGCUGCUACUAAACGUGCCCCGCGUGUUUUGGACGAAUUUGUUGGAGUGAUGAAGGUUUUCAAGGACUGGCGAGUAAUCUCGCUUAUUCCAUUCUGGAUGGCCGCCAACUAUGCCUACAACUACCAGCAAAACACCUUCAAUGCCAAGCUGUUCACCAUCCGCACCCGCAGCUUCAACGGCGCCAUGUACUGGCUUGCACAAAUGGUAUCUAGUUAUCUGUUUGGUCUCUUCCUCGACAACAAGUUCAUGACCCGUCGGAUGCGGGGAAUCUGGGGAUUUGUCAUAACCGCUAUUAUCUCUAUGGCCGUGUGGUCUGGGGGUCUGGCGGCGCAACUCAAGCGGGCCCCCAACAGCGACUACUAUGGACUCAACGAAUUGGACCUUAUCACAUCUGGAUCCAAAUUCGCCGGUCCAUUUCUGCUUUACUUUUUCUAUGGCGGCUUCGAUGCCGUGUGGCAGACACUAGUCUACUGGACGAUCGGCUAUCUAUCCCACGAGUCUCCCGAGCAAGCCGCACGGUAUGUGGGCGCUUUCAAGUGCGCGGAGGCGGUCGGAAGUGCGAUAGCAUCCAAGGUCAACUCAGACAAGACGAACUACAAUAUAGAAUUUGCUGUUGAUUGGUCUUUUGUGGUCUUCGCCUUGAUCUGGGCUAUCCCAUUCGCGUGGUCAAUUCAAGACGUCCCCGCGCAUUCUGGACAGGACACGGAAUACGUUGAGCAGUCGAAAACUUCAGAUGAACAGGCUUGA